ACGCCAUAAAGCGACCGGGCCCGCACUGCAACAGCGAUCGGCGCCCACCGCGUAGCAAUCGCGCCAUGGACUCUCCGAGGAGCUGGCUCGUGGCAGUCGGCUGUUGCUGGGUCAACGUCUUCUCGUUCUGCAUGAUCCGCUCCGCAGCCGUCGUGUACGUGAGCAUCAUCGAGACGUUCCAGACGACGCGAGAAGAAGCCUCCUGGCCAGUGACCCUGGCAGCCACAUGCUACUUUUCUGCAGCCCUGAUAGCAGGUAUACUUGCGAGGCACGUGGUCGUGUGGAAGAUCACCUUUACCGCGUGCCUUGUUGCUGCUAUCGCGGUGUCCUUGUGCUUCUUUGCCACCGGCGUCACCUACCUGGCCCUCGUAUACGGAGUCGUUUACGGGCUAAGCGUCGGUCAGCUCUCCCUGUCAAGCACGGUGAUCAACCAGCACUUCACCAAGUAUCGAGCUGUUGCUUCUGGGCUCAACAUGGCCGGCUUCUCCGUGGGCGGUCUCAUCUUUCCGCCCACAAUCCAGUUCUUCUUCGACGAGUUCGGCUUCCGGGGUGCAUUCUUGCUCGCAGGUGGAGCCAUACUAAACGGAACUGCUGGCACGCUACUGCAGCGCAUACCAGCACCAAAACAGGCUCCUCAGCCUGCACAGGAGUCUGCAGAAGUCGCUAAACAGAACUUUCAAGACUCGGACACUACGGAGGCAGGGCGCGUGUUAUCAGAAACCAGCAGUACGUUGCGCUGUCAAAAUGAAGAGUCAGCCAUCACGAAGCACAACCUGAAGAGCGGCGUGAAAAAUGCGGGUUUUGAGCCAAGCGAACCUGCCGACGGAAGCACCCCGACGGAAAACGUGCACGUGGUUGAAUGCAGCACACGCUGCCUGAGCGUGCAAGAAAACAUUAUUUGUGGGCGAGAUUCCCCCACAACAAAAAGGAGAGCUAACUUGUCAUUGGAUGCAGAGGCCCCCAUCCGGAAUAUUCUUCGCGAAGACUACGUCACGCAAAGCGAGAACACGUGCCGAAAGAGUGCGCCGUUUCCGUUUUCUGUGCAUAAAGCGAAGCUAACGCUCAGUGCAGAGCAGUCUUCCAGCAAGCUCCCAUUAACUGCUGCAGAAGUGCACCCUACAGAAGCGGCGCAGAGUACUUCCGGAGGUGUCAAGUCAGCGCUGCUGGCGGCCAAAGAACUGUUCAGUUUCCUCGCGCUUGCCAAGUACUACGUUGUGGUCCUGUCCAAAGUCGUUAUCGUCACAAAUGGAAUGACGUUUUCUACAGUUAUCAUCGACCUCGCCAUGGACCACGGCAUAAACAGAUGGAGGGCGCUCACUUUGAUCUCGGCGUACACAGGCAUGGACCUUAUGGCCAGGCUCACUUCCGGGUGGAUCACAGACAGAAAAUUUUUGUCCAGGAACGCGUUGAUGGCGUUCUGCAUGUCAGUCUGGACGGCUGCUAACUUUUGCUUCGCAUUUGGCGACUCGUACCUCGUGCUCGUGAUUGUGUCUUGCGUGGCGGGCUGGUGCAAUGGUUCGACGCUGCCGUUGGUUCCGGUGUUGUACAUGGAGGUGGUGGACAUUGGUCGCUUCAGUGUUGCCUAUGGACUAAGUUCAUUCUUAGUGGGACUAACGGGACUACCAAGACCAUCUCUAACAGGCUACUUCAGGGACAAGCUGGGAAGCUACUCGGGCCUGUUCCUUCUGACUGGUACAUGCAGCGCGCUCUCCGCAAUGCGCUGGACGUACGUUACCGUGCGAGAAAAGUGCUGUCGAAACCGACAGAAAGAAUAAAGCUUGUACAGAAUCA